AAAUUUCGACCAAUCACGUGCCGAAUUUCAUACAAUUUUCGAUACAAGAACUUGCAUAGUGUCAUACAGGGCACACAUGUACGUACAAGAAAUGAUACAAGAAAAUGUAUACAAGAAACGAUAUCAGAAACGAUAUUAGAAAUGAUACAAGAAAAUGCAUAGUGUCAUACAGCCUUUAGUAAUGGCAUGCUCCACUUGUCGUCGACUAGUCCCUGACUGUCUCUGCGAAUACACUUAUUAAUUGCCUCCCAGCGGUGACAUAAACGUCAAAGUCUUGAAAUGCCCUAUACGGAUUGACCGACACUGACACCUGACAGUUCAAUAAUUCAUCUCAUCGUUUGUUUGUGGUUUGUUUAUUUGUUUGUUUAGUUUAUGUUUAUUGUUUAUCUCUUAGAGAUAAACUUUUUAUAAAAUUUUAGAAUAUAAAAACUUUAAAACUUAUAAAGUAUUAUACUGUGGAUAAUAUGAAAUGAUGCCCAAUGAAUUAAGAAGAAAAAAACAAUGGAGCAAUAAUAAUUUGGCUUCUUUUUAAGUAUUAAUAUAUUUGCUAUAUUAAUUUAAAAUAUACCAAUCAAAUGGAAUUUAUGGAAAAUACAUGUAAAAUAGAAAUAGAUAAUGAGGUGGAAAAUGCCCUUCUGCAUACCUUUAAAAUUGGAAUUAAGGAGGAACGGGAGCUGGAUGAUACUUUUGAUGAUUUGGAGGAUAAGACAUAUCCUUUAAAAACAGAAGUAGAAUACAAUGAAGAUAAAGUUUGUCUCCUUCAAGUACAAGAAACACAUAAAAGUUUCAAAUGUGAAGAUCGACUGACUGAUGAAAACAACGAAUUACAAAAUCAUGUUAUAAAUAACCAAUUGAACCAAUAUAAAACUGAUGGUAGGAAGGUGAAUACUGUUGAAAAAUCCUUUGCUUGUCAAAUUUGUUCUAAAAAGUAUGCAGUAAAGCAGAGUUUAAGAAGACAUUUGAUGGAGCAUCACACUAAAGAAACAUCUUUCACAUAUGAACCCUACUCGAAAAAAAGAAAACACGAAGUUUACACUAAUAUGCACUCUUCUGAAAAACAUUUUAUAUGUGAAAUUUGUAAUAGACAACUCGUAACAAAUCGCAAUUUAAAACAACAUAUGGCAGUGCAUACUGGUGAAAAACCAUUUGGAUGUGAAAUAUGCAAAAGACAAUUUACACAAAGUACUUACUUAAAAGUUCAUAUGAGAACGCACACUGGUGAAAAACCAUUUGGAUGUGAAGUAUGCACAAAAAAAUUUUCCCAAGUUGCUAAUUUAAAAGUUCAUAUGAGAACGCACAUUGGUGAAAAGCCAUUUGGAUGUCAAGUGUGCACAAAACAGUUUAUAACAAAUGCUCAAUUAAAAAGACAUAUGGUGGUGCAUACUGGUGAAAAACCAUUUCGAUGUGAAAAUUGCACCACCGAGUUUUCGCAAAGUUCUGAUUUAAAAAUACAUUUGAGAAUUCACACUGGAGAAAAACUAUUUGGAUGUGAAAUAUGUACAAAACAAUUUUCAAGACGGGUUCAAUUAAGAGAGCAUAUGGUGGUGCAUACUGGUGAAAGACCAUUUGGAUGUGAAAUAUGCACAAAACAGUUUUCAAGACGGGCUGACUUAAAAGUACAUAUGAUAGUGCAUACUGGUGAAAAACCAUUUGAAUGUGAAAUAUGCACAAAACAGUUUACACGAAGUGCUGACUUAAAAAGGCAUACGAUGGUGCAUACUGGUGAAAAACCAUUUGGGUGUGAAAUAUGCACCAAAAAGUUUUCAAGACGGGCUCACUUAAAAGUACAUAAUAUGAUGGUGCAUACUGGUGAAAAACCAUUUGGAUGCUAAAUUUGCUCCAAAGAGUUUUCUCGAAAUUCUGAUUUAAAAAUACAUUUGAGAAUUCACACUGGAUAGAAAUGUGAAAUAUGUUGUACAAAACGGUUUUCACAAAAUGCUCACCCAAAAGUUCACAAACAAAACAUACUGGAAAAAAACCUUGCAUGUAAUAACUGCAUCAGGCAAAGGAACACAUGAAAAUACACACUGCAAGCAGAAUAUAAUGUGAAAACUGAUAUCAUUCUUACACAUCCGUAUGAAAAUGUAUUUAUCACGUUGGCAUGUCAGGUAUUAAGCGCGUUAUGUUUUAGAUAUUUAUCUUUUGGAAUUGGGUGGAACUAUUACAUAUAUAAAUAAACACGAAAAUAAAUAUAA